GCGCACCAACGUGAGAAUACGGGCGUCGUAUGCUACGUAAUCGCAUGAUCUGACGGAUAAAGAUGACUGAUGCGGAUGAUCAGAUCCGUUGACGGCUGAUCUCUCGUCUUCUGCAUUGCGGUAACUUCACCGGCUGUAGCCAUCAGAACUCGGUUCCUUCCCGUGGUUUAUUAGAGGAAGAAGAGAAUGAAACCCUAGAAGCCUAUCGGCCGCUUCCCUCUGGAUUGCAGACGGCCGUGGCAAAGAGGAGAGAUGGAGGAAGCAGCGGGAGGGGGUGCGAGGAGAUGGUGGUGGUGGGCGGCGGCGAGCUCCACCCAGCUGGCGGCUGGGAUCGCGUGGUACCGACGAGGCUACAGCGGGAGCGGGGUGACGAUGCCCUUCAAGGCCUUCGCCAUUGCCACCAUGUUCGUCGGCUCCGGCGCCACCGCUAUGGGCGGCACUCUUCUCGCCACCGGCAUCGACGACGUAGAUGACAUGAAGGAAGUUGGUGCCAGUGUCAGGAGAUGGAUGAUGCGGAGUCCUCCAGGAGGAACUUGAUAGAAGGCAUAAAAUAACCUUGUUUUUCUAUUUGGCCACCGCGACACGGUAAAAUUUCACCACCGGUUGGCUUUGUUAGAGCCAUAAUUCUGUAAUUUUUUUCUUUUUUUGUUUCGAUGUGAGUCAACCUUCUGUAGUUGGAUGAAUUGCACAUCAAAGAGAUGGGUGCAGUGCCUCAGAUGUGAUAAGCUAAUGGCUUUCUUGUUUUGCUUCAUCUCCUAAGCAAUUGAGACACUCAAGCAGUAGAUUCUCUGCUUAUGUAGUGAGACAAAGUGACUUGAACAGUUAAGGCUUGUUGCAAGAGCUAAACUAUUGGGUUGUGCUAUUACUUUGGAAAGUUCCAUUUGGAUAACAAGAUGAUGUCUUUCAUGUCACAACACAGCAACAGCUUCAGCAA